AAGUCCCAGCGUUGGAGCGGUUCGCACAGUCUAGUCCGCGGCUUACAACUGCGUGCGCGCAUCGUUUGUGAAUUUUAAAUUUGAAUUUGGCAAGAAAAUGCCCAGCCCAGCAUACAGCGUAGAGCUGUACCUCGGGGACGUGUCGGCCGAAGUGCUGGAGUACGCGCGGGAGCACUGCGGGGAAGACCCCGACACUCGGCUCAAGGCCAUCUCCGAGCUGCGCGACAUUGUCUACGAACGGGGUGAAUGUACGCCACACCGAAUGGACGAUGAGUUCUUGAUCAAAUUCCUUCGUGCCCGAAAAUUCAUCCCUCAGCGCGCGCACAGGCUGAUGGUGAACUACUACGUGUUCCGGGAAGAGAACCCGCGGCUGUGCUCGGACGUUUUCCCGUUGGAUUUGCGCACCGUGGGUGACAGCAGCAUACUGGCCGUGCCGCCCUACCUCGCCCAAGACGGGCGCCGCGUCAUGAUCUACAGGAUCGGCUGCUGGGACCCGAACACGAUCCCCACAGACGAUCUAUUCAAGGCGACGCUCAUAGCCAUGGAGCUGGGCAUGAUGGAGCCGGCGAGUCAGAUCCUGGGCGCGCACGCCAUCUUCGACCUGGAGGACAUCGGGCUCCACCACGCCUGGCAGGUCACGCCCGCCAUCGCCUCCAAGAUCGUCAAGCUGUUGGGGUCCUGUUUUCCUGCAAAUACCCACGCCAUCCACGUUAUAAACCACACAUGGGUAUUUGAUAAAAUAUACAAUAUCUUCAAGCCGUUCCUCAAUGCUGAAAUGCGAUCCAGGAUAUAUUUUCACGGAUACGAUGUCAAAUCCUUGCACAAACAUAUCCACCCGGAUCAUUUGCCAGAGAGAUACGGCGGUAUCUGGCCCGACUACUCUUACACGAUAUGGUUGGAGUCAUUGAAGAAAAACUACAAAGUAGUCAAAGACAUGAUCAGUUGCGGUUACAAGUUUCGCGAAGAAGAGUUAUGCCCCGAAGUAUUUAGACAGCUAAAGGAUGAAGGAGUAAAGUUGUCGUGAAAUUAGGCCGAUGACAUCUAGCAUAACAUUGAAACGGACGGGGAGCCGCCUCGCGCGCCCAGUGUUCGUGGAGUUCGGCGCCCCGUCCGGGCUGUCGGCGAACAAGACUAAUUAAACCUUGGUUCAAAUACAACCUAGUAAUAUAAUCAUAAUAAUUUUUAAAGAAUAAUAAACAGGUUUUCAGUAAUUUCAGUAAUUUUCAUGAAAAGUGUUAAUUAUUGAUUUUUAAGACCAUUCGGAACUAGGCCAGAAAAACAAUUUAUCGGUUAAGCGAUCUAUGUGUAAUGUGUAUUAGUCAUUUAAAGUUUUAUUAACUUUAACCCGAUUACUUUUGAUUACAUAUUAGAAUUAAUGUUUUUUGGAAGGCAAUCUUUUUUUAUGAUGAAUAGGCAGGCGUUUGACCACGAUCCCACGUGAUGGUAAGUGAUGAUGCGGUCUACAGUGGAGCACGCUUACCUAUGAGAUACCUAUUAACUCUUGCCUUGAAAAGCCCCAGAUUGUACUCAUGCGGAAACACAGACUCGGGCAGGGCGUUCCACUCUGGCAGUUCGCAUAAGAAAUGUGGAACCAAAACGCUUCGUGCGUAUUUUUGGAGUUCCUACCAUGAAGCGAUGCCGGAGUGCCGUUUGUCUUGUAGUCCGAUGGUAAAAAUGGGACAGAGGAAUAAGAUUGUGCAGUGCAGCAGUCUAAACGCAGCCUCUACAUGUAUGUUACCCAAGCUACAAAGCCGGCUUAGUAGUAUUGCCGCUACGGUAGAAUACAGUAUGCAAAUGUAUAUACCGUCACCCAUAUAAAUCAACAGUCAUACAUAACCCUUCCGUUUGGUUUUCCCGUUAUCGGGAAAAAACUGACAUAAAAAAUUUCCGCCUAAUCAAAUUUGCCUAUGUAUAAUAUAAUCCUUAAAUUUAAUACCGCCAUUACAUUAAUAUAUUGUUUGUGACAGAACCUUCUUGACAACAUUACAUUAUUUUUUGCAUGCCAGUAAAUUUAAUUUCGUUUAUUUUUAUAAUGUAGGUGAACCUAAUUUAUGGUUUAUACAAAGUAAGUAGAUUAUUUAGUAAAUAAAAAUAGCCAUUAAGAACUCCUUAGGCGAUAUUGAUUUCAUUUACCACAUUUAUAGAAAGUUAUAUGGUUGGUAGUUUAAUAUGCUUGAAGUUUAGGUAGGUAUAAGGGUAUUAAUGGCACAGGCACCAUAUUCGCACAAGAUGAGAGGAUAUUGAUAUUAGUAUUAACUAUACCUAUAUAUUUCUUAUUGUUUUAUUUACUUACUGUGAGUAUGGAAUUGGAAUAACAAGGUAAAUUUAGUACGAAUGUUGUUUUUAAUAUUUAAAGAAUGCAGGUAAAAUUGACAGAGGCAUAGUUUUUUUCCAUGUAACAUUUAAACAUGUAAAAUUUACUUCUGUAGUUUUAAUAUUAACGGCAUUAUUCUUCUUCACUAUUCUGUAUUUUUUUUUCUGUAUAAUUAGGCGUAUUUAGAUCAUAUUGAUUAAAGAAAUCGUCAAGAAUCUGUGAUAUAAAAGUUCGUUUCAUUCUUAAUUCUUAGUUAGAUAUAUCUUAUGAUAACUGUUGAGGGUUUGUGCAAGUUUCCUUUGUAUCGACAAGUCGUCGCUUGACGAGCAAGUUCAUCCUUAAUACGUACAAUACAAGGAUAAUUUAGUACCUAAGUUUUAGCAGUUUUUAUUUUAUUUUAGGGAGUGUUUUUAUUAGUCGCAUAAAUAAUAUUCUUAUUUUUCUUAAUAAUUAUUUUGUGUAAAAUCGGCAAAACAUUACAUUAGUAGAUAUUAAGGCAGGGUGUAACUUUAAUUUUGUAUUUUUUGUACCUACUGGCUGUCAAUUUAUAAUUAACCAACAAUC